AUGUCACAGUAUUUAAGCUUAGCAGUAUACAGACUCAAGUCUGACUUUGCGUCAGUUCAGCAAACAAUUUCGAAGUUGCGUCCACCUCAAGAGUUUUUCGAUUUCCGUCGUGUUUCCAAGCCAGCAAACUUUGGAGAAAUUCAACAAAGAGUAAGCUAUAAUUUGGGUUAUUUUUCGGCCAAUUACUUGACUUUAGUAGGUGCAUUGAGUGUUUACGCUCUUGUGACCAAUUUAUUGUUAUUGUUUGUGUUGGGUUUUGUCAUUUUGGGUGUAUUUGGUAUCAACAAGUUGGAAGGCCAAGAUUUGACAACCCCAUUUGGUAACAUUACAACUUCACAGUUAUACACUGGCUUAUUGAUUGUCGCUGUACCUUUGGGAUUUUUAGCGAGUCCAGUGUCAACGUUGAUGUGGUUGAUUGGGCUGAGUAUUGUUGGUGUUGGUGCUCACGCAACAAUGAUGGAGAAGCCUAUUGAAACCGUAUUUGAAGAAGAGGUUUGA